GUGACGCACGAGCGCGUCUCACGCCACACUCACCUCGUGCAAGCCGAAAACAAUCUCCAGCAGUUCUUCGCCCGGAUCAUGUAGACGCUGAAACGGAGUUCACAAUAGAAAUAAACAUUAGAACACGUAGAUUAGGCAUUUAAAUAUAUAAAUAAACAACACUUUUCUAUAGGGGAAAUGCAUUGGGUAAUUGCACGUUAAAAUCUCACUAAAUUUUCGAAUGUUUACUUGUGCGUUUCGUUGUCAACAACAGAGAACUUACGCUGCUGGUCGAGUUUUUUGCGCCGAAAAGAAGAGAAAAGCGUCUGAGCGCGUGCAGGUGCAGCGUGAUUAACCCCAAACACACUGAGCCGGAGAGGGUUCAACUCUAACCCCUGCCACACGACGAACUCCAGACAUGGCGGUGCUGCCUGACAGUCUGUGAUUACAGUUGAAAAUCCGGAGGUGUCGCUUCAGAGGUCAAGCUGCGGGGCGCACGGAUCCGCGUCCUGGUGUGAUCUACUUAUUGAUCUCCACCUGCUUUUGAUUGAUCCUCAUCAGUACAUUGAAGAAUGCAGUUAGAAAGCAUCCUCCCUGGCGCAUCUGUAAACUUACCCAAGACCUUCUAUAACCUGUCGUCGUCCUCAGAGAGCACCAACAACAGCCCAGGGUCAACGCAGAUCGACUUUCAGGACAUGGACCGGACUGAAGCCGAGCAGAGCUCCGGGGCCAAGAAGUUUUUGAGCGGUGGGAGCGCGCUGAUGGAUGAGACUGACAGCGAGAGCUUCCCCGGGACAAAAGCAGCAGUAGCGGCGGCCGUCGCACCGGACGCGCGUAAAACCUCCCCAGUGAUCGGUGGAGAUGAUGAGCUGUCCAGCGCCCGCCGCUACAACAUCGACGAGCUGGGCACUGAUCGCUAUUUCAUAACCUCGACCCAACCGAGCUCCGACGUGACCAACCCGUGCUCUCUCUUCCCGUACGGAGGCCAGACCGGGUCGGUGUACAGCGGCGCAAACGGGUCCAGGUAUUCGUCGUCUCUGCAUUACGGCUCGGUUCUUCCGCCCGCCGGGUUCUCAUCCGCCGUGUGCGCCAGUCGGAGUCAGUUUGGAAGCGGCUAUCAGUUCGGACAGGGUCCCGGGUGUCUGUACCCGUCCUAUCCCGGACCGGGCUCCGGUUUGAGCUCGAUGCCCAUCCCGGGUUCGGGCUCCGCGGCGAGGGCGCAGGUUUACCUGUGUAACAGACCGCUGUGGCUCAAAUUUCAUCGCCAUCAGACUGAGAUGAUCAUCACCAAACAGGGCAGGCGAAUGUUCCCCUUUCUGAGUUUUAAUAUCACUGGACUGAACCUGACGGCGCAUUAUAACGUGUUUGUGGAGGUUAUUCUGGCCGAUCCGAACCACAUGAUCGUCUUGCAGUCCCUGCAUAAAUACCAGCCUCGGCUGCACAUCGUGGAGGUGUCGGAGGAUGGUGUGGAGGACAUGAGCAAUGAAGCUAAAACACAGACCUUCACUUUCCCUGAAAACCAGUUCAUCGCUGUAACGGCUUACCAGAACACAGACAUCACACAGCUCAAGAUCGAUCACAACCCCUUCGCAAAAGGCUUCAGAGACAAUUAUGAUUCGAUGUACACGGCUGCAGAGAGCGACAGACUGACGCCCUCUCCUACUGAUUCUCCGCGGUCGCACCAGAUUGUCCCCGGCGCCCGCUAUGCAAUGCAGCCCUUCUUCCAAGACCAGUUUGUAAACAACCUGCCGCAAAACCACCGCUUCUACGGCAGCGAGCGCGCUGUGCCACAGACCAACGGCCUGCUUUCUCCUCAGAGUGAAGACUCUGCUGCAGGCUCGGCUUCGGCUCAGCGCUGGUUCGUGGGGCCCGUUCAGCAAAGCGGGGUGUCUGGUAAACUGGACCUGUCCUAUGACAGCGAGUACUCGGCCUCCAGCCUCCUGCCGUAUGGCAUCAAGCCGCUUCCGCUGCAGAGUCCGCAUGCACUCAGCUAUUACCCCGACUCGGCCUUCGCUUCCAUGGCGGCCGGCUGGAGCAGCAGAAGUUCGUAUCCGAGGAAGAUGACCACCGGCCUGCCUUGGUCGCCCCGGCCGAGCCCUCCGGCGUACACCGACGACCUGCUGUCCUCUAAAGACAAGCUGCAGGACGAGAGCUCCACGGCGGCCCCCACAACUGGCCCCUGGAUGGAGGCCCCGCCGGUACUGAAGGCCGUAGACUCGGGGGACACCAGCGGAUACUCGAUGGUGUGUAAGAGGCGGCGCAUUUCGCCUGGAGGUUCCAGUACAGAUGCUUCACCCACUAUAAAGUGUGAGGACUUGAGCACUGAGGAAUACAACAAAGAGAGCCAUAAAGCCAUGGGUUAUUACGCCUUCUACACGAGCCCUUAAGAACUGCUUAUUCGGGUUGAUUCUCUCUCUUUCUCUCUCUUUAUUUUGUUUGAAGUGAUCUGCCCAUGUUGUGUUUUUGAUCUUUUAAUCUGCAAGUGCCAAAGCUUUCGUGCUCCCGGUUGUGCUUGUUCAUUUUUUUGCUCAUUUGUGAAACACGCUUCAUUUUAAUGAGGUUUUUACUUUUGAUUCUUUUUAUAGCAUGCCCUUAAUUCUUUUUAAUCAUAUUUUUCUAUGAAGCCCGAUGUGAUUUUCCUUUUAUUUAAGAUCCCUCUGUUGUACAGUAUUUGUGCACUUUAGAUUGUGAUGUAUCUUGUACAAAUGUUCUCAUGGCACUGUUAUGAAAGGUGAAA